AAGGGGCUUGUUUUCUCCGGAGCUUCGCUCGUGGGCGUAAUGGCUGGUCUCGUGCGGAUGGUCGCUGUCUGUUCCGGGAGCUUGAGACCUUUGUUCCUCAACUCUUCGUUCUUUGUCCAAGCCCUGCCCGCACUGAGCAAAUAUGACAGACAUGCCCAGCUGACCUUCCCGAUCCAUGUGCUUCCCUCUUAUUCCAGUCGGAGGGUUCCUGCUGCGAGUGGUCUACAGUGCAUUGCCCCACUGGUACAGUCAGUUGAGGAGACCCCCGAGCCCAUCGCCACAGAAGUUCACGGCUGCAUCCCCUCCUGGAUUGAGGGCAGCUUCCUCCGGAAUGGGCCUGGCAAGUUUGAGUUUGGGAGCCACAACUACGACCACUGGUUUGACGGGAUGGCGCUGCUCCACCAGUUCAAGAUCUCGAGCGGCCAGGUGUCCUACAAGAGCCGCUUCCUGCGCAGCGACAGCUACCGGGCAAACAGCGAGCACAACCGCAUUGUCGUGUCCGAAUUCGGCACGCUCGCCGUGCCCGACCCCUGCAAGACCUUCUUCCAGCGCUUUCUUUCAUGCUUUGAAAUGCCGAAACCUACUGACAACGCCAGUGUGAGCUUUGUCAAGUACAAGGGAGAUUACUAUGUCAGCACCGAGACCAACUUCAUGCACAGAGUGGACCCCGACAGCCUGGAAUCUAAGGGGAAGGUAGACUGGAGCAAGUUCAUCGCGGUCAACGGUGCCACAGCUCAUCCACACUAUGACCCCGAUGGCUCUGCGUACAACAUGGGCAACUCCUACACCAAGAAAGGUGCCUUUUACAACAUCAUUUGUGUGCCUCCGGAAAGGGUGGAACCCGAAGAAACCCUGGAGGGAGCUAGGAUUGUGUGCUCCAUCGCGCCAGUGAACAAGUCCAAACCAUCCUACUACCACAGCUUUGCAAUGUCAGAGAACUUUGUGGUGUUUGUGGAGCAGCCCAUCAGGAUGGACCUGCUAAGGAUCCUGACCUGCAAGUUGAGGGGGAAGGGCUUGAGUAAGGGGAUUUACUGGGACCCCCAGCAGGAAACCAUCUUUCACGUGGUCAACAAACACAUGGGCACGCCAAGUGCCGUGAAGUACUACAGCAGGCCGCUGUCCACCUUUCAUCAGAUCAACACCUUCGAGGAGGACGGCUUCCUAGUGGUGGACCUCUGCUGUUCCGAUGAUGGCAGCGCCAUUAACAACUUUCUGAUCCAGAAUCUACGCCAGUCUGGAGAGGCCCUCGAUGAGAUGUAUAACUCCAUGACUGGCUCGUUCCCACGGCGAUUUGUCCUGCCCCUGAAUGUGGAUGAAAACACACCCUGUGGGAAAAACCUGAACACACGCUCUGACAGCCCGGCGACAGCUAUUAAAGUUUCCAACAAUAGGGUGUAUUGUACUCACGAAGAUCUCCAUGGAGAAGACCUCCAAGAGUUCGGGGGCCUGGAGUUCCCACAGAUUAACUAUGCCAAACACAACACCCGGCCCUACCGUUACUUUUAUGGAUCUGGCUUCAGGCACCUGGUGGGAGACAGCCUCCUCAAGAUGGAUCUCCAAGGCAAACGGCUGAAGGUGUGGCAGCAGCCCGGAUUCUACCCUUCAGAACCCAUCUUUAUCCCAUCACCUGGUGCCACCGAGGAGGACGACGGAGUCAUCCUGUCUGUGGUCAUCACUCCUACCCAGGAAAAGGGCACCUUCCUUCUAGUUCUGGAUGCCUCAACAUUCAAGGAGCUGGGAAGGGCUGAGGUGCCAGUCAACAUCCCUUAUGGUUUCCAUGGAGCUUUCAACGCCAGCACCGUAGCAUGCCAUAUUAACCACAAACAAUCAAGAGUGGCACCCCUCUAAGAUCCCUCUUCAGACCCAGAAAUAACAAAAAAGGCCUUCUAUUUUCUAAAAAUAUCAUACAUAAAAUAUAGAAAGCAUAUGGACAGCAUACGCAUGCCUUAUACAUUUAUACCCAUGCCUUUUCUGUUUCAUUAAAUUGCAUGAAAAUAUUGAAAAAUCACAGAACAAUGUAUGAGAAAUUACUGACUUGGUAAAAAGAUAAAUUUCCAGGUGUUGUAGUAGGAUAACAUGGAAACAAACUCUGGGGGCUCCUUAUUCUGGAUGUCCAUUUUAAGUUUCAUAAAGUUUAUCUGAAAAGUGUGCUUUUUCUGUCAGUACUCUUCUGUCAACUCGUCUUCGGUUGCUUUACAUGCCUGUAGAAGUCAGUGUAGCUGUAAAGACGCUACGCUUUCCAUUUUAUGUUAGCAUUACACCAAAGUAGCCUCAUCAAAAGCGGUAAAACAUGGCCACGAUGAGCAAAACCACAAAGCAGCUGUGGGUCUCACAAAACUUGAAACAAACUUUAAGUUACACUAUUUGACAAGUGGGGGGUGCGGUGGUGCAGUGGGUUUGACUGGGUCCUGCUCUCCAGUGGGUCUGG